GGCGGCUCUGCUCCGCCGGUUUCGGUCUCUCCGCGCGCGGCCAGAGUAACUUCCCAGGGGCCGUUAGGAAGUUACUUGCGGAGGGAACUUGAGUUCCCGGGAGGCGGAGGCCUCGCCUGGCUCCGUCCCGGCCAGAACUCCGCGUUCCUCGGGGUUCUGACCGGACUUUUCCUCCGACCGGUGGAGCCAGGCUCCGGGGUUCGAGGCCCGAGGGCCCCGUGGUGCUGUGUGUAACCGCGGGCCAUCUCUGGCUUCCUCGCUUGACCUGAGGAUUAAAUGAGAUGGUGAAUGCUAAGCAGUUGGUGAAGAAGUUGGCUGUGGAGUGUGGUGAGUCCUCAGAGGAGACCUCAGAUAGCCGGAGCCAUGGCCUCUGACCUGGACUUCUCACCUCCUGAGGUGCCUGAGCCCACAUUCCUGGAGAACCUGCUACGGUAUGGACUCUUCCUGGGGGCCAUCUUCCAGCUCAUCUGUGUGCUGGCCAUCAUCAUACCUGUUCCCAAGUCCCACGAGGCGGAGACAGAACCAUCUGAGCCCAGAAGUGGGGAAGUGAAGAAGCCCAAGGCUGCUGCUCCUUCCACAAACAAGAGGCCCAAGAAGGAGGCCAAGAAGAAGCGUUAGAAGACGAGGCCUGUGGAGCCGGAUGGGAGGGGCAAGGGCCUUGAAGGCAGCCCUCUGGGGACUCAGCGUCCUGUUCCCUCACUCCGUCCAGGCUCAGAGAUCUGGACAAUCAUGACAGUCCCAGGUCCUAGCUCGGCAGACCACCACUUCCUCUUCCUCCUGCUUCCUUGGUGGUUUAGAGUCAAGGAGACUGAAAUACCCUGUGAGCAGAGACUGUUUGAGAAGCCUGUUCACAAGUCCGGUCAGAUUAUGUUUUCAACUUAAUCAUGGAGUCUGACCUUUAGUACCCACCUUGUGGAUUUACACUACGUUUCAGAGCCAUUAGCUAAUGCUGACAAGCACCGCCCUCUCCCAUUAUUUGUGCACCACAGACCUGCUAAUCAGUCACCUUUGUCUCUUCCGCUUGUGCAGGUGGAGCCAGGCCUCACCUGUUUUGUUUAGGUCAAGACACCAUGUCCAGUGUAGUGCUAUGGCCAGGUCUGAAAACUGCCUGGUGUGAGAGCCAGCAGAAGACCCAGGUCAGGGUAAUGCCUGGUUCUCCUCCCGCAGAUGGAAGAGGUUUUGGUGAAUGAGUGUGUGUUUCUUGGGCCCAAUUUUCUGAGUCUCUGAAAUGAGGCAGGGCGU